AUCGACAAAGCCGUGUGUGUGUAAACGGGCACACGCAGAUACCGGACAUUUCGAUGAAGGGGUACGCUCCCGUCCCAGCAAUCGCCAUGCAUGACUUUGGAAGCCUUGUGCUGGCUUUAUUCUACAACGUCGACGACUCGACGUCGAAACGCAGGCUGUCCAUGGAACACCUCACAGCACAGAAGCUUUGCCACAGUUACAUUGAACUAAAGCAGACUUCAAGCAUGCCAUGGAUUAUGAGGGCAAUCCCACUCUUGUUUUGUUGGGACGAGUUGCAGUGCACCAUUCGGCUCACCUAAAGUUAGAACUAUAACACGUCGUGCUCGACG